UAAAAAGGCUUCUUCUUCUUCCAUUUUCGAGCUCCAAAGGUCUUAGAGAGAGAGAAACUUCAAAUCUUCAUAUCUUCUUCAUUUUAGCUCCAAAUUGAGCUCUCAGUCGUGGACUUGAACGCAGAAUGCUCGGCUGUGGUUCUGAGGUCAAUACCCGAAAAGCUAAAGGAUCCAGAUGUAUGGAGGAGGUGACGACCCCAUCUUUGAGGAUACACCACUAGGAAGGGAAGAUCCGCCGCCUCGACCCGAUAUCCCCUUUGCCACUAUUGCAGACCGGAGACGCUUUCAGGUAUGGGGACAGUACCGCACUCUCCUAGCUCCCAUGAUCUUAGACCAGGCGAUGCUCGAGGCGUGGGGAUACUGGAGUGAUAUUGAUGCUCUGCUGGGAGACUCUUUGUGGCGGAGGAUUCUACUCAUACAGGAGAGGGCCAGUCUCCCGUUGACGAUGGAGUUCUUGUGCUCUCUACAGUUCACUCACUAUGGCCAGACUGUGCAGGAGGGUUCUGUCAUUGGGUCGGAGACUCAGAUGAGAUUCACUAUUAGGGGCAUUGAGCACUCCAUCUCUGUGGCUGAGCUCGGAUGGAGGAGGGGGCUCUAUGCUCCGGCUUACACCCAGACUGAGGAGUUCCGUACUCUCUCGACCCGUCUACCUGAGGCUUUUGACAUUGAGGAGUUCUGGCGCCGACACUCCACAGACACUAGGUCGUUUCUCCGGCAGCAUCCCCAUUCGAACAAAUGGAGAGAGACUCACUGGUAUAUACUCUCAUUUGUACUCUCCUGUGGUCUUUUUGGGCGACCUCAUAACACAAACAGGGUGUCCAAAAAGGACAUUUUAUUCUUUUGGAGUCUGGUUCACCGUACCCCGGUGAAUAUGGCGGUCCUUAUGGCUCGUUUCUUCCGGAGCCAGGGGAAGACUGUCCGCCGCACUAUCCAGGCAGGACCUUUUGUCACCACUCUCGUUCGAUCAUUCUAUCCUACCCUAGACAUUCCAGGGCUACUACAUCUACAGGAUAGCAUCCGCGUUCUUCGUUCUUCUUCCUUUGGCAACAUGAAGAUCAAGAAGAAACGGAGUAUUCAGGAGCUCCCAGGCACCGAGCAGAGUGGUUCCUCUCGACCCCCACCGCACAGGAGAUAUAGUGAGCCCUCCUCAGACAUGCCCAGUGCAUCAGAUUGGAGGGCGAUGAUAGACGGGAUGAGGAGUCUACAGACCUCAGUCUCAGAGAUGCGGGUUGCACAGGACAGAGGAUUUCAGGAGAUGCGAGAGGCGCAUACAGCGGUCCUGGGGGAAUUCAGAGAUUUCUGACGGGUGCAGGAGGACGCCUACAGGGAUAUUCAGGAGCAGUUAGAGACCCAGAGGCUAGAUAUUGAUGAGAUGCGAGACUGGCUUAGGCCCAACUAUGGCCCCCAGGAUGGCACAGGCGAUGUUUAGAUUUGCUUCUUCCUUAACAUUUUUAUUAUGUUUGUUUGUUCUUCAGGUUGGACAUUGCGCUGCUCUUUUGGCUUGAAUGCUCUUACAACUGACUAUGGAUGAUGUAAGGAUUUUUAAAACCAUUUUACUCCUGUUUCAUUAUUCCUCUUCACAAAAUCUUUUUAAAUCUUAAGUGUGAGGAAAGAACCAAAAAAAAAAUGUGCCUUUAUUUCCCAAUUUUGUGCCUCAAAAGAAGACCUCGAGGGCGAGGUCUAGCUCAAGUGUGAGGAGGUUGCAUUUUACACUCAAAAGUUAAAACCUUGUUUUAGAACAAUCUUUUUACUAUUUUUGAUAUGAAACAUUAAUUUCUCAAUUUGUUAUCAAUCACAUAAAUAGCUUAGAUA